CAAAGUUACUGGUUCACACGUGCACCUUCAAGUGCUGCUUUCUUUUGUGAUGUUUUUUGUGAAAACUUGGAAAACUGAAAUUCGUAAGCUAAAAAUACAUGCUAUUGCGUCGCGUAGUUAUCUGGAAAAUCCCUUUUUGUGACAUCAAAAACACCGGCAUUCUAUUGAAAUUAAUCACUGCAUAAACUUUGAACAUGGCAGACGAAAAAUUAUUCAGUUUUCAGACAGGAAAAGUAGCCCAUUUUACAACUGUGGAUUAUGUACUCUUCGGACUUCUAUUAGUGAUAUCUGCUGGAAUUGGACUUUUUUUCGCCAUAAAAGACAGAAAACAUAAUAAUACAAAAACAUUUCUGAUGGCGGGAGGGAACAUGAGCCCAUUUCCCGUAGCUUUGUCUCUUUUAGCCAGCUUCAUGUCGGCUAUAACACUUCUUGGAACCCCGGCUGAGAUGUAUAACUAUACAACAAUGUAUUAUUGGAUUGGUCUAUCGUAUUUUUUUGUUGCCUUUGGGGCAGCCCAUGUGUUCAUGCCAAUAUUCUACCAGCUAAGAGUCAGAAGUGCCUACGAGUAUCUGGAGCAUCGCUUUAGUAAGGGCGUGCGAACUGCUGGAUCUAUGACCUUUUGCGUACAGAUGCUUUUGUACAUGGCCCUUGUACUUUACGCCCCAUCUUUGGCAUUGAAUUCAGUGACUGGUUUUACUUUAUGGGGAUCUGUUAUAUCGGUGGGGAUUGUGUGCACACUUUACACGACAAUAGGUGGAAUGAAAGCUGUGCUUUUUACGGAUUCCUUUCAAGUUGGAAUGAUGUUUGCCGGGCUAAUUGCAAUUCUCAUCCAAGGUAAUAUAGAGCUGGGUGGAUUUGAUCAAGCAUGGCAAAAGGCUGAGGAAAGUGGAAGAGUCUAUUUCACAGACUUUAGCCCUGAUCCUAAGGUUAGACACAGUGUUUGGUCUCUUGUGAUUGGUGGAACGUUUACCUGGGUGGCUAUUUACGGUGUCAAUCAGGCACAAGUACAGCGUUAUUGUACCUGUCCAUCUCUCAGAAAGGCUCAGAUUGCUAUCUGGAUGAACUUCCCUGGCUUGUGUCUGAUCCUGUAUCUGAGUUGUCUCAUUGGAAUGGUUGUGUACGCUUUCUACAGUAAUUGUGAUCCCUUUACCUUCAACCUUGUUAAAACUUCAGAUCAGCUUCUCCCUCUAUUUGUGAUGGAUGUUCUGGGGUAUCUGAAGGGAUUUCCAGGCCUGUUUGUAGCUUGUUUGUUUAGCGGAGCAUUAAGCACGAUAUCAUCUGGGUUAAGUGCCCUAGCCGCUGUGGUCUUAGAAGACGUUAUUAAGGCAUAUUUCUUCAAGAACCUCUCAGAAAAUGCUGCGACAAACACAUCUAAGGUACUCGCGUUUGUAUUCGGGAUAAUAUGUUUGGGUCUUACUUACGUAGCUUCUCUUCUUGGAGGUGUCUUGCAGGCUGCGUUGUCUUUGUUUGGAAUGAUUGGAGGUCCUCUUCUUGGACUCUUCAUCUUAGGGAUGAUGUUUCCGUGGUCAAAUAAAUGGGGAGCCUAUUGUGGACUUUUUCUUGGUCUGGUUUUUAUGUUCUGGAUUGGAGUGGGAGCUCAGAUUUACAAACCCUACAACCCCAAAGCACCGACAAACAUAAGUGGUUGUAAUUGGAACCUUACCACAACACUAUCACCAGCCACUGUUUCGUUAUUAAACAAAACCGUCAACAAUGCAGCUACAACAACAUCUUCCUAUUUCAACACAACAGAGCUGACCUCUCCAGUUGUAGAGGAGGAAAAUAUAUUCAGUCCCUUGUACGCCCUGUCCUACUUGUGGUAUAGCGCCACGGCCGUUCUGUUUGUAGUAGUGGUCGGUCUCCUUGUCAGUUUAGUGACAGGCCCAGAAGAUCCUAAAAAGCUGGAUCCCAAGCUGAUUUGUCCGUUAUUUGACAUUCUUUUCCCGUACCUACCAGAGAAGAUCAGAAAGCCGAUGAGAUUUGGGGUCAGAUUUGACGAGAUAGACAAAGAAUCAAAAGAAGGCGGAGUAUUUGGUGACUUGAAUACAGAUAUUCUGAAUCUGGAAGUGGAUGUUAAUUCUAAAGGAAAGGAAAAGGAAAUCCAUACAAAUGGACUUGUGAAAACAGAGAACGGGAAAACUCCUACAGAAAAUGGAUGUCAAAAUGGCGGCUAUGUAGACAAUGAAAAUGGUCUCAUGACACGACUCUGAUAAAGUUUACAAUGUAAUAGCUGUUGUCAGAUCAUAAUAUACAUUGUUUAGUAUAUUUACAUCGAUUGUUGAUUUAAAUGCUACUUUUCCUUUCUCUCUGACAAUUUUCUUUAUAGAAUUUUCUUUUCACACAUCUAAUGCUGUAUAUCAACAUAACAUCAAAUAUUUGUCCAAUCUUCGGAAACAUCAUUUGUUUUUGUUAAAAGAUACACAUUUGCUGACUCUCGCUGAUGCUGUAGAAAUUUCACCAAAAUAAAUAAAUAAAAAUGAAACAUU